GUUUCUCCCGGACCUAUGACGGGAACGGAACGGUGUUCCGGUUGGUGAUGUCGGUUAAGUGUGCAUGCCGCGGAGUGUAGCCUCUGUUAAAGUUGUAGCUGGAGCAACACCUGAAACGCCGCCAUGGGGAUCCUGGAGAAAAUCGCGGAAAUAGAGAAAGAAAUUUCUCGGACACAGAAAAACAAAGCCACUGAGUACCAUCUGGGUUUGCUAAAGGCCAAGCUAGCCAAAUACAGAGCUCAGCUUCUGGAGCCCUCCAAGUCAGCGGCUGCCAAAGGCGAGGGCUUCGAUGUCAUGAAAUCAGGAGAUGCUCGUGUUGCACUCAUCGGUUUCCCCUCUGUGGGUAAGUCCACUUUCCUCAGUUUGAUGACAUCAACAGCCAGUGAAGCUGCUUCCUAUGAAUUCACGACCCUCACCUGCAUACCUGGCGUCAUAGAGUACAAAGGGGCCAACAUCCAGCUGCUAGAUCUGCCAGGAAUCAUUGAGGGUGCUGCUCAAGGUAAGGGCAGAGGUCGGCAGGUCAUUGCUGUUGCCAGGACAGCAGAUGUUGUCAUCAUGAUGUUGGAUGCUACCAAAGGAGAUGUUCAGAGAACACUUCUAGAAAAAGAGUUGGAGUCAGUGGGGAUCAGACUCAACAGGACAAAACCCAAUAUUUAUUUCAAGCCCAAGAAAGGUGGCGGCCUCUCCUACAACUCCACAGUUCCUCUCACCCACUGCUCAGAGAAGCUCGUUCAGCUCAUCCUUCACGAAUACAAAAUCUUUAAUGCAGAAGUGCUCUUCAGGGAGGACAGCACUCCAGACGAGUUCAUCGACGUCAUCGUUGGGAACAGAGUUUACAUGCCUUGCCUAUAUGUGUACAAUAAGGUGGAUCAAAUCUCCAUCGAAGAAGUGGACCGUCUGGCUCGCAGACCUCACAGUGUGGUCAUCAGCUGUGGAAUGAAGCUGAACCUGGACUACCUUUUGGAGACGCUGUGGGAAUACCUGUCGCUGAUUUGCAUUUAUACCAAGAAAAGAGGAGAGCGCCCAGACUUUAAUGAUGCCAUCAUCAUGAGAAGAGGAGCAAGUGUAGAACAUGUGUGCCAUCGAAUCCACAGGACCUUAGCCAGCCAGUUCAAAUAUGCCCUCGUUUGGGGAACCAGCACCAAGUACAGCCCACAGAGGGUCGGACUGACGCACAUCAUGGAGCACGAGGACGUCAUCCAGAUCGUUAAGAAGUAAAACAAGCUUGUGAUUGGACGGAGGACAGGCUGAGCAGGAAGAGCUUAACUGGGUCGGGGGGGUAAAGUACUGUACAGUAGAUAUACAGCAGUGGAAAAUAGCCGCCAUUCUUAUUUUGUAUAUGACAAUAAACAAAAGAAAAAACUGAAGAGAGACCAGAUCUUAUGGUUGUGGACGGAAACUGGUUUAUUUUACCUUUUAAGAUAAAGAAGAUGCAUUGAUUCUAAAAGAGAAAACGGGGAAAUAAAGUCCAUAAAACAUUAAAUAAGUCCUUGUGUUUAUUCUAUUGAAUCAAUAAGACUGGUACAUUUCAACUGCGUCUCACCUGGACCUGGUCCAGAGGACAGGAGAGGACAAACCUGCCCUGACUUGGUCCAGUCAUCUUUUUGUUAAGAUCAAGUUCAAACACUUUUUUGUUUCUUUAUUUACUCGUAUCUUCAAGAUCAGUCAUCGUACAUUAUAACGAUGAAUGUUGAGAUGAGAAAAUAUAUUUCAU